AUGAAAGCCUCGAUUCUCGCCAGCAUCGUCCUCGGCUGCUCCGUCGGCCUGGCAGCCCCCCUACCAAACAACAACGACAUUUUCACCGCAGGUUCCAUCUCCGAGAGGAACCAAGUACCGCGUACCAACAUUAAAGAUCUUACGGGCGGUGCAGCUGGUGGAGCCAAAAAGAACGCGUCGCCUGACCGCAGGACAAUCCAGGUAGUCAAGCGCGAGCAAGGAGCUGCUGAUGCUGCCAACGCUCGCCUGGAUAAGGAAUUUUUCUCAGGCAAGAAGAGGGAGCAGGGAGCUGCUGAUGCUGCCAACGCUCGCCUGGAUAAGGAAUUUUUCUCAGGCAAGAAGAGGGAGCAGGGAGCUGCUGAUGCUGCCAACGCUCGCCUGGAUAAGGAAUUUUUCUCAGGCAAGAAGAGGGAGCAGGGUGUUGCUGAUGCUGCCAGCGCUGCGUCUAUCCCCGACAAACGGUCGGCCUCGGCCACCAAGCGCGAGGGAGAAGCUGUGGAUGUGGCUGACGCCCGCAAGAACGAAGACAGCGGUUCGGCCAUGAAGAGCGAGGAGGGUGUGGUUGCAUCACGGGAGAACGAUGCAGCUCGAUCUGCAACUAAGAGGCAGGGACCUCUUGAAUUCCAUGACAUCAGCAACCCGGCGGCAGCCGCAGGACAGAAAAGGGCGCAUAAAGUGCCUGCAAAACAAGCGAACGGACAACUUCAAUCGUUGGAUAUUGUGGGAUUCGGGUCGCCUCGGUGA